ACACCACCCUCUGAAUGCUGAAAAGAAUAGCUCAGUGCAAGGCCACUGGCAGAGGAAGGCAGCUGUCACAGCCAGCCUGGCCAGGGAGAGCAGUAGAGGGCCAACUGCAUCUGGAGACCCCGAGAGGUGUGAUUCAGUGACUCCCCUGGUAAAGGGGACUGGGAACCAGCCGGCCCACACUGAGAGGACGAUGGCGCCCUCUGCUGGACACAGUCUCCUUCUCUGGAGCCUCCUGAGCAUUCUGACCCUUGGUGGCUUCUCAGGAGGGCAGAACAGCACCCUGAUUUUCACCAAGGACAACAUUACACACAACUGCAGCUGCUCAACAGACGUCCGGGACUGUGAGUACACUCUGGCCAGCCUCCUGUGCACCUGUCACACUGUCCUACCCCUCGAGGGCCAAGGCACCAGCUUCAGCCACCGCCUGACCGUCUGGUUCACAGACGCCUCUGCACUGGGCCUGCUGUCUAACUUCACACUGGUGCGGGACCUGAAGCUGUCCCAGUGUGGCGCCAACCCUCUGCCCCCUGUGUACCUGGCUAUCUGUGGACUCGAGAGGCUGCGUGUGGCCGCGGAGGCCUGGAGGCCUGCCCCAGAGCAGAGCUUACUUAUCCGAGAAGGCCAGGACAGAGAAACCAGAGGGGAGCCAGUCUCCCCAGGCCGCAAGCUUUGUAGGGAUAUCUCGUUCUUAGAUGUGACCCUUUUCAACAGGGACUCCUCCUUGAAAUCCUACAGUAUUGAAAAUGUCACCAGUAUCACGAGUGACUUCCCUGAACUGUCUAUCUUGGAUACCGUCUCGAUUCCAAACCAUGACAGCUACGUUGUCACGUUCAUUUACUAGCACAGGAACUGUGACCAGUCACUGGGAACUUUGUCCAACUAUGGAUGAUGCAAACAAGGAAACUAGGACUGAGGGCCUG